GUAUGAAUUAGAGUGAUUAAGAGUGGAAUCCAGAAUAUAUUUUUAAGUUCAUCAUAAUAGGAAAUUCAAGUACUGGGAAGACCUCUAUGUUAUAAUACUUCAUCACUUAGACUUGUAAGAUAUUUAUCAUAAUUUUGAUCAACACUAAUAGCAAAAACGAAAGUUCAAUAAACAGUGGGAGUCGAAUUCUCGUGCAAAUUAUUGGAAUAUAAGGGCAAGAAAAUCAAAUUAUAAAUAUGGGACACUGCUGGACAAGAGAGAUUUCGUUCAAUUGCUAGAACUUAUUUUAAGAAUACGAUUGGAGCAAUUAUAGUUUAUGAUGUUACAAAGUAUGUUAUAAAUUGAUUUGUUUUAGUUAAGAUUCAUAUGAUGCAUUAGAUGAUUGGAUUAGAGAUGCAAGAGAGAAUGGAAAGAGUGAUCUAGAUGUUAUUGUAGUAGGGAAUAAAAUAGAUAUGAAAGACUAGAGAGUAAUAGAUAAAGAUCAUGCUGAAAGAGAAAUGAAAAAUAAAGAUGCUUUAUAUAUUGAAACAAGUGCCAUGACUGGAGAAAAUAUAGAUAAAUGUUUUUAAACUUUGAUUGAUUAGAUCUGCUAAAAAAUUGAGAAAGGUAUCAUUUUCUUAUUAUAAAUUAGGUCUUAUUGAAAAAGAUGAAUACAAUCCAUAAUUAAAAAAUCCAUUAAAAUAAAACCUUACCAACAAAACAAACGAAGCUUAAAAUCAAAGUUAAAGAUGCAAUUGUUGAGUC